CCGCGGCCCGGUGGGAUGAAACCCCGGAGCUUCAUGGGAUGCCGUAUAAAGGCGUUCCGCCGCCGGGAGCUCCCGGUGCGCACGGAGCGCUGUGCCAUGGAGCCGCCGGGCACCGCCGGGGCACCGGGAGCGGCGGGGCGGCCCUGGGAUGAGGCGAAGGCGUUCUACGAUAACCUCACACCCAAGAAGAAACCAAAAUCGCCAAAGCCUGAGAAUGCCAUCACCAUCGCAGUGUCCUCACGGGCUCUUUUCCGCAUGGAGGAGGAGCAGAAGAUUUACAAUGAGCAGGGGGUGGAGGCCUACGUGAAAUACCAGCUGGACCAUGAGAACGAGCCCUUCCUCCCCGGCGCCGCCUUCCCCUUCGUCAAGGCGCUGGAAGCGGUGAACGCGCAGCUUCGGGAGCUCUAUCCUGACAGCGAGGAGCUCUUUGAUGUCGUCCUGAUGACCAACAACCAUGCCCAGGUUGGGGUUCGCCUGAUCAACAGCAUCAACCACUACGAUCUAUUCAUUGAGAGAUUCUGCAUGACGGGGGGGAACAGCCCCAUCGGUUACCUCAAGGCUUACCACACCAACCUCUACCUCUCCUCCGAUGCCGAGAAAGUGAGUGGGGCCAUUGAAGAGGGGAUCGCCGCAGCCACCAUCUUCAGCCCCAGCAGAGACCUGGAGGUGUCAGAGAAGCAGCUGCGUGUGGCGUUCGAUGGCGAUGCUGUGCUCUUCUCAGAUGAGUCGGAGCAGAUCGUGAAGGCUCACGGCCUGGACAUGUUCUUCGAGCAUGAAAAGGCUCACGAGAACAAUCCUCUGGCACAGGGACCCCUGAAAGGCUUCCUGGAGGCCCUGGGAAAGCUGCAGAAGAAGUUCUACUCCAAAGGGCUGAGGAUGGAGUGCCCCAUUCGCACCUACCUGGUCACAGCCCGCAGCGCUGCCAGCUCGGGCGCCCGGGCCCUAAAGACUCUGCGCAGUUGGGGUCUGGAGACGGACGAAGCGCUGUUCCUGGCUGGCGCCCCCAAAGGCCCCCUGCUGAAGAAGAUCCGUCCCCACAUCUUCUUCGACGAUCAGAUGUUCCAUGUGGAGGGAGCCAAGGAGAUGGGCGCCAUCGCUGCCCACGUCCCCUACGGCGUCGCACAGAAGCACAAGCGGCCGCUGCAGGAGAAGCAGCCCCAGAACAGCAAAUAGGGCACGGCAUGGAGCUGUGAGAGGAGGAGGAGGAGGGCGCCGAAGGCUUCCUGCCUCCUCAGUGUUUUGUGGUGUCGUGAUGUUGUCCCCUUCCUCACGGCACCGCCUCCCCGCUGGGUUGGUGUCACCCAUCAGCUGUUCAAAAGUCAAGAUUCCCAGAGCCUUCGGUUCGACGAGCGAAUGUUGAGGCUGAGCAGUUGGACUGGAGAGGGGUGAGCACAGAAAGCCCCUCCUGCAGCUUUCGACAAAAUGCUAAAGCAAAGCCCCUUCCUGUCAUGGAAACAUGGAAUCUUCAGGGUUGGAGAAGAACUCUGAGGUCCUCCAGUCUGUCCACCGCUGCUGCCCACUGAGCCACACUGCCAAGUGCAGCUUUCCUUCAACACCUCCAGGGCUGGUGACCCCACCUCCGCUCCUGUUUCAUAUUUGGAAAUAUACAAACAAAUGCUUA